CUGAUAAUGUGUAUAGCUAAGGCGUGGAUCCUACAUUACGAAUCCUGCAGUCCACUAAAUCAAAGAGUCUUGCUGCACGGAGAAUGCGAUAGAUUUCUCUCGAGCCCAGCCAAUCGCAUAUAUGUUUCGCAUGUCUUUCCCUGUAUAUCUGCUUGGUUUGACCACUCACGAACAGUUAAUUAGAGACUGAAUAGCGAUCAAUUCUGAAAUAAUCUAGAAAUGCUGUCCGUCCCGGCAAUUGCGAUACAUGUGAGAACACAUGCCAAUCUAUUACUUAAUGUAUCGCAGACGUACUUUACAUGUACAUCAGCUCCACUUUGUGUUUAUAAAGACUCAUUGGCGCCUCUCACAACAUCUCCAGUGGCUAUUUCUUGGGUUCGCGCAAAAUGAUUUUUUCUCGCAAUCUGGCCCUGCUGGCCAGCCUUUCCUAUGUCUCACACUCAGUAUCCCAAGAGACAUACGACUACAUUGUGGUUGGAUCUGGACCAGGAGGAGGACCGCUGGCGUCCAAUUUGGCGCGCGCAAACUAUUCUGUCCUCCUCCUGGAAGCUGGAGACCAAUCGACGCAGGGAGAUUCCGCUCAGUACCCCCCGCAGAUCACGUGGGAUUUCUUUGUCAAGCAUUAUGAGGACGAGAAGAAGAACAUGAUGAACAACCACCUUACGUGGAAAACCAAGGAGGGGCGGUAUUGGGUAGGUGCUGGGAAUAGUACGCCUCCUGCGGGCAGUGAAUUCCUAGGCGUGUACUAUCCCAGAGGCUCAUCUGUCGGCGGGUCGAGUAUGAUCAACGCCAUGUGCACAUGGCUUCCUCCAGACAGUGAUUGGAACUAUAUCCAGAAUCUCACGGGAGAUGCAUCUUGGAGUGCGGAUAACAUGCGCAAGAUUUUUGAGCGUAUCGAAAAAACCCAUUAUCUUCCCAACGGCACUGCAGGUCAUGGCUUUGAUGGCUAUUUUGAAACCAACCUGAAAAAAACCGAGUCUCUAACCCAGCCCGUUCUUGGUGUCAUACAAGCCGUUGCCGAAAACUUUUCUGUUCCUACGGCCGAAAGCGAGAUCGUGGAUCGAAUGGAAUCAGAUGCCAAUUUCCUUGAUCCUAAGCGGGACUGGACAACUGGAAUCUUCGGCUUACCCUUUCACCAAAAAGCAAACGGAGAUCGCUACAGCUCUCGCGAUUACAUCCAGGACACUUUGGCGGGAAAAUUCCCACUGACGCUGAGCACGGAUAGUUUAGCCACGAGAGUGCUUUUCAAUAAGACGGCCUGUGGAGGCGAGCCACGCGCGAACGGAAUUGAGUACCUACAAGGCAAGAGCUUAUAUAAAGCUGAUGCAAGAUACACAAGCUCUAGCAAUGGAACCCUCAAGACUGCAAUCGCGCGCAAAGAAGUCAUCAUAUCCGGAGGAACCUUCAACACACCCCAAUUGCUCAUGCUGAGCGGCAUCGGUCCAAAAGAGCAACUCUCGCAAUUUAACAUCUCGGUCCUCGCUAACUCCCCAGGUGUUGGAAGCAACAUGCAAGAUAACCAAGAAAUGCCCAUCAUUGGACAAUUCAACGUGACCGUCGGCCCAUUCACGCAGCCCAUCAUUAUGAUGAAAACGAAGCACUCCCCAGACGGUGAACGCGACAUGUUCGUAAUGCAAGGUGCCGGCUUUGCCUUCCGCGGUUUCUGGCCAUCAAACCAAACCAACACGGCGCUUCCACAAGAUGGUCCUGGCACCUACGGUAUCAGCAUGGUCAAAGGCAAGCCUCAGAAUACGAAAGGCUACGUCAAGCUUUUGUCAUCCAAUCCGCAGGACACGCCAGAGAUCAACUUCAUGCUGUACGAGGAAGGAAAGGACAUCGAUAUGGGCGCAAUGAAAGACACAAUUGCUUGGGCCCGGAAGAUGUACGCAAACGCCAAAGGUGUGAGCGUCGCGGCGAAAGAGCCUCCCUGCCCCAGUGGGCCAGAUGCUGAGGGCUAUUGUGGGCAGGCGGAUGAAGAUUGGAUCACGGGUCAGACAUUCGGGCAUCAUCCUACGUCCACGGCUGCAAUUGGGAAGGACGGCGAUCCUGCGGCGGUCUUGGAUGGGAAGUUCAGAGUCAGAGGCGUGAAGGGGUUACGAGUGGUAGACGCCAGUAUUUUUCCAAAGACCCCUGGCGUUUUCCCCGUCGUAAGCACCUUCAUGAUUAGUGAGAAGGCCAGCGAUGUAGUAAAGGCAGAUGCUGGGAAGGAUGUGUGCCAGGCCUAA